CGGUUUUCUUCGGGCUCAAUCAUCGUCCGCUCUCUGCAGUACGAUUCUCUUGCACUCCUUCAGCUCAUACUCACUUUUUGGCGUAGCUUGUUUAUCCUUUGGAUUGGGUUCGAUGGAUCCGAUCGACUCGUCGCCAAAUCCGUGAUUAGGAUGUCAAGACAUUGAGUUAUACUCCAGUCACACUCCUCUGAACUGUCGAUAAAGAAGGUUUUUUUAGCUAAGCAAGAGGAGAUGUUCUCGUUAUUAUAUGGACUAUGGAAGUAUCUAUUCACCAAGACGGAGUUUCAUGUUCUCAUCCUCGGGAUUGACAAGGCUGGCAAAACUACUUUUCUGGAGAAGUUGAAAUCGAUAUAUUUGAACAUGGAAAGCCUUCCUCCUGAUCGAAUUGUUCCGACUGUUGGACUAAAUAUUGGUCGCAUCGAAGUGUCAAAUACGAAGCUUGUGUUCUGGGACCUGGGAGGACAGCCUGGUCUUCGUUCAAUUUGGGAAAAAUAUUAUGAAGAGGCCCAUGCUGUAGUAUUUGUAAUUGAUGCCGCUUCUCCAUCGCGCUUUGAGGAUUCAAAAUCUUCUCUGGAAAAAGUUCUUCGGAAUGAUGAUCUUCAAGGAGCCCCUCUUUUGAUAUUGGCAAAUAAGCAGCAGGAUCUUGCCGAAGCUGUGUCAGCUGACGAACUGGAUCGGUACUUGGAUCUUAAGAAGUUGGAUGAGAGGGUUUACAUGUUCGAAGCUGUCUCAGCAUAUGAUGGGUUGGGAAUUAAAGAAAGUGUAGAAUGGCUAGUGGAAGUCAUGGAGAGAAGCAAGAGAACUGAGAUGUUGAGAGUGCGUGCCGGGGUGACAGGUCCUGCUUCUGCCUAAGAUUAUAUCAGGUUGCAGUUGUAAUGGCUGUAAAUAAUCUAUAGGUUUGACUUGGAUGGACGUGAUCAAGACAUUUCUAAUCCGCUCCAUGGGCGAUGAAUCUUUUUUGACAGCGUGGAAGUCAGAAGUCUGCGCCAUACAGGUUCAAAGAAGGAAGCACCUCUACUCAUACAAAUGAAUUGAGAUUAUAGGAGGAGCCAAAUUGGAUUUUUUGAUAUGUAUAUCUAGAAUCGAAACAUUGUAUCUGUUACUGCCUCGAACUAUUUGCUUCAAUAGUCAUUGCUUCUAAUGCGGUUCUGAUUAAAAGCAAAA